AUGAAGGGCUUUGGAUCCGCCGUUUCUACUUUGUUUCUUUCUCUGGGCACAAUUGCCGUUGCCUCGGCGUCCUGCGAUCCGAGUACCCUGAAUACCACAAGUUAUCUCUACGAUAUCACCGAAGAGACUACGGUGUUCGAGGUUGCCCGCAAGACCAACCGCGGUGUCUGUGACAUUGGCCGACACAACCUCAUGGCAGAUGUGACCAUUCCACCUAAUAUUGGCGAAGUCUUCAUCAUCCCUGGCGAAACCUGCACUCCAGACAAUGAAUCCUGCCUGAUCAAAGAUGUGGGCCGUACCCGGACUUGCAUCUACGGUGGACCACGUUUGUACUACACCGUCAAAGGGGACACCUAUGAAAAGAUUGCCCUCCGUCUCAACAUAACGACCGAAUCACUCUCGGGCGGUCAGUCCGCUAAUGAAACAUUGCCGGUUGGCCAGUUCAUCAAGGUCCCCGAGUGCUCGCCGAGUCAAUGUAUCAUCCAGCCUUAUUCGUUUGAGUGGGGUGUGUAUAAGGAUCUUGCCGACAAGUAUGGGACGACUGUUGGCCAAAUCAUGAUGCUAAGCCCGACCUACAACUACAGCAGUCUGGCUUUCAGCAACGGGGGAACAGCUCCGCCAAUUGAUCUUCCCAUCAACUGCACUGCUCUGUCGAGCAAUAUCACCGUUAUCAGCUAG